AUGAUCAUCGAAAUCCGCCACUACACGCUGCAUCCCGGUCGCCGCGAGGCGUUCAUCGACUUCUUCGAGCGCAAGAACCGGCCCGCCCUGCGCGACGCCGGCAUGCUGGUCUUCGGGCCACUGCGGGAUCUGGAAAACCCUGACAAGGUGCAUUGGAUGCGGGCAUUUUCGUCGCUGGAAGAGCGCGACAGGAUCAAGGACGGCUUUUAUGGCGGGCCGGUCUGGAACCGGCGGAUCGAGCCCGUGGCGAUGCCGAUGAUCGACCAUUACGAGGCGGAACUGACCGAGACGACGGCCCGGUUCGAGGAUUUUGGCGGCAGGACAUCGCUUUGA